GAUUCCAACUUUCUUCAAAGCUCAUUUCCAUUGGUAGAUUUCUUCAUUUUCCCAAUCUUAAUCUUAAUUUGGGUAUUGGGAUUAAGAAAAGCUUAGAUUUUUGAGGUGUGUCAGUGUCUGUGGAUCUAAAACUCAUGCCGGGGGAACAAACCGGAGAAACUCCGACGGUGGCCGGAGUUGGAGGCGGUGGAGCUGGUUGUAGUGCCGGGAAUAGUGGUGGAAGUAGUGGAUGUGGUGCUGGCGGCGGCGGUGGUGGAGGAGGAGAUUCGCAGAGGUCAAUUCCAACGCCGUUUUUGACGAAAACGUAUCAGCUUGUGGAAGAUCCGGUUUACGACGAAUUGAUAUCGUGGAACGAAGAUGGAACAACUUUUAUUGUGUGGCGACCAGCUGAAUUCGCUAGAGAUCUUCUUCCGAAGUACUUCAAACACAACAAUUUCUCUAGUUUUGUUCGUCAGCUCAAUACUUACGGAUUUCGAAAAGUAGUUCCAGAUCGUUGGGAGUUUUCUAAUGACUGUUUUAAGAGAGGUGAGAAGAUUCUGCUUCGGGAUAUUCAACGGCGGAAAAUCUCUCAGCCUGCUAUGGCCGCAGCCGCUGCAGCAGCGGCGGCAGCAGUAGUGGCUUCGGCAGUUACGGUAGCAGCGGUUCCUGUUGUAGCUCACGCUGUUUCUCCGUCGAACUCUGGAGAAGAACAGGUUAUAUCGUCUAAUUCCUCGCCUGCGGCUGCAGCCGCUGCUAUAGGAGGAGUGGUUGGUGGUUCUUUGCAGAGGACAACGAGCUGCACCACUGCACCAGAGCUGGUUGAGGAGAAUGAGCGAUUGAGGAAAGAUAAUGAGCGAUUGAGGAGAGAGUUGACAAAGUUUAAAGGAUUGUAUGCGAAUAUCUACACAUUAAUGGCGAAUUUCACACCGGGUCGAGAAGAUUGUGCGCAUUUGUUAGCAGAAGGGAAACCUUUAGAUCUUUUACCGGAGAGACAAGGGAUGAGUGAAGCCAUGGCAAUGGCUUCUAGAAUAGAGACAGGGAUUGGUUUGAAUCUUGAUGAGGAUUUGACUCCGAGGUUGUUUGGGGUUUCUAUUGGGGUUAAGCGAGCUAGGAGAGAAGAAGAAUUGGGUGCUGCAGGGGAAGAGGAUGAUGAUAGACGAGAAGCGGUUGCCCAAGAGGGAGAACAAAGUUCUGAUGUUAAGGCAGAGCCCAUGGAGGAGAAUAACUCCGCUAACCAUAAUGGGUCGUGGCUUGAACUCGGAAAAUGAAAACACUUACCGGUUCAGAGGAUUUGUUGUAUAUGCAAGAAACUGAUACUGAUCCC